UAUGGGAUGGCCCGUUCAAUGGAAAAUGCAGCAUUCUGAGGAGCUGUAUAAUAACAAACAUUAUCACAAUAUGCUUGCAGUACAUGUUUUGACAGAUAAUAACAUGUACAUGGUUUAUGAAGAAAAAUUUACCAUAUCUGGCUAGAUAAUUAGAUACUUCCUGUAGUAUAUUGGGCUGUGUUGUUUUCUGACAGCCAAUCACGUUGGACUAGGAAGUUCGGGUCCACUAUUCUGGCUUUCAUACAUGUGGUAAUCAGUUGCUACUGUACUCUAUUAGUAAAGCUAAUGAUUUGCCUCUAAGCCAUUGUGUAUUCAUUUCAUGCGGCACGGAACAUGAUACUUCCUCACUGCUAAGCACUCGCCGGAGUCCAAUCCAGUUGUUUCCAAUUCACUACUUACCAUGGGUUAAUAAGGGAAGAGAAAGGAAAGCAGUUUAGACCAAUCAGAAGUCUCUGAAGUUGAGCUACGGAAAAAUAAGGAAAUGAACGUUGACGCAUUUUACUUUACGUCAGCUAUUCAGUUUAACACUUUUAGUCAGGAGAUCUAUUUUAAUCUAGAAGCAUAUAACCAUUGUUACUUUACAUUUACGUUACUUUACAGACGAUAAAGUGGGAUUUACUGAGGUGAUUUUUGACGAAUAGAAAGUGAAAGUUAAGUGUACACACUCAAAGUUUCCAGGGAAGUAACUGUUUUUGUUCGAGGUGGAUGGCAUCUAAACGCUCUCUACCUGAAGAGGAUUUCACCUGUCCUGUUUGCUUUGACAUUUUCAAGGAUCCCGUCCUUCUUUUGUGCAGUCACAGCUUCUGCAAAGACUGCCUUCAGAAGUUCUGGAGAGAGAAGAAAUCUAAAGAGUGUCCAGUUUGUAGAAGACAAUCUUCAUUGGACAAUCCGCCACUGAAUUUGUCUUUGAGGAACUUAUGUGAGUCUUUUCUGAAGGAGAAGAGUCAGAGGGCUUCAGGAGGGUCUGAAGUGCUCUGCAGUCUGCACGGUGAGAGACUCAAGCUGUUCUGUCUGGAGGAUAAACAGCCCAUAUGUGUGGUGUGUCAGGCUUCCAGGAAACACUCAGGACACCAGUUCCUUCCCAUAGAUGAAGCUGCACUAGAUUAUAAAGAACAACUCAAUACUGUACUGAAGCCCUUGCAAAAGAAACUGAAAGAAUUUGAAGAAGUUAAAGAAACAUGUGACCAAACAGCCAGUCACAUUAAGGUCCAGGCCUAUCAGUCAGAGAAGCAGAUCAAGGAGGAGUUUGAGAAGCUUCAUCAGUUCCUGAAAGAUGAAGAGGAGGCCAGAAUAAGAGCACUGAAGGAGGAAGAGGAGCAGAAGAGUUUCAUUAUGAAAGAGAAGACUGAAGAAAUGAGCAAGGAGAUGUCCACUCUUUCAGAUACAAUAACAGCCAUUGAGAAGCAAAUGGUUGCUGAAGACAUCAUCUUCUUACAGAACUUCAAGGCUUCCAUAGAAAGUUCUACGUGCACACUGCAAAAUCCACAGGAAGUUUCAGGAGCUCUGAUUGAUGUGGCAAAGCACCUGGGCAACCUGAGGUUCAGAGUCUGGGAGAAGAUGAAGGACAUAGUUCAGUUCACUCCUGUACUGUUGGACCCAAACACUGCAUACCCAUCGUACAUCAUUUCUGAGGAUCUGACCAGCUUUAAAGGGACAAAUACUAGCCAGACACUCCCUGAUAAUCCAGAAAGAUUUGAUUUCUAUGACUGUGUCCUGGGCUCUGAGGGCUUCAACUCAGGGUCACACUACUGGGAUGUUGAAGUUGGAGACAGUACAUACUGGGAUGUGGGUGUGACCACAGAGUCCAACCAGAGGAAGGGGGACACCUUCUCAUGGGAGAGAGUGUGGCGUGUGGGGUAUGAAGGAUUUGGAUGGGAUGAUGAAUCUGGAUGGGAUGAUGCUAUAGGACCUGUGCAUUUAUUGAAACAGAAUCUCCACACACUCAGAGUGCAUCUGGAUUUGGAUAAAGGACAGCUGUCAUUCUCUGAUCCUCUACAAAAUACACACUUACACACUUUCAAACACACAUUCACUGAGAAAGUCCUUCCCUGCUUCUACAGCCCCAGGUCAUCACUGAGUAUUUUACCCCUGAAGCCCUCGGUGACCAUUGAACAACACAGACUAUGUUGAGACUAACUCCAAAAUCUUAAGUGUUUCAUUGAGUAAAAAAACCAAUACAUGAACACAUUUUAUUGGUCUAUAUUUAAAUCUGUGUUUUUAUAAUAUAAAAUAUGUAUCCUCUGUGGUAGUUUCAUAUGGAACAUGUGGCUGUUAAGUAGAAGUAACACACUCCCCUCCCAACACUAGCAGUAGGUGGUAUUUGCUGCUGGUGAUUAUGAGGUUAAACUUGAGUAGGCCUCAAUUGUUUGUGUGAUAUUGUAUGAUGAUCAUUUGUGACAUAUUCUGCAUUACUUUGUCAUCUUCCCUCUUCAGCAGUAGCCCCAGUUUAUGUUGAUUGUUAUUGAUCACCGUUACUCCAUCAGUUACUUUUUAACGUGUUCUCAACAUGUCAGCUACAUGUGUGUACAUUUAAGUCAUGAAUGUUAUGUAUAUUGAUGUACAUAUGGUUAAGUCUGAGAUGCAGUACAACACAUGAAAUACCGCAAAUUCUAUUUCAUUUUCAAAUCUAAACACUGAAAAAAACAGUUUUUUUUUCUUUCCAUGGGUGGGAAUAUGUUUCUCUAGAUUUGUUCGGGGUUUGUAAGUAAAUCUAUCUAAAUUUGUUUGAGGUUUUUAAAUAGAACCAACAUGGAAAACCAAAUGUUAAAACUUCCUUUUAUCCACAUAUUUAGACAAAGAUGACUGUAAUUAGGAUCCUUCUCUGUGAAUAUCAUGAGUUGGUAAAAACCUUUGAAUGGUUCAUGAAUCACCACCAUAACUGUUGUUAUUAAUCACAUGCUGUGCAGCAGGUGAUU